UCUGUUUUAUGUUUUGUGAUCGUGAUCCAUAAAAAAUGGGCCGACCGAAAUACGUCAUAAAGGUUACGUAUAAAAUCAGUAAAAAUCAAUCCUGCCUUUCUCCUUUUUCCCGCUAAUUACUUCAAAAAAAAAAUGACAAAAGAAGAUACCUUAUUAAACGAAGACAUCCAGCCGUCUCAACAGCUGAAAGAAUCAAAACCCAUAUGGAUUCCUAUAGAGUCAAAUCCUGAUGUUCUGAACAAGAUUAUUCAUGAGAACGGCGUUGAUCCUACAUGGAGUUUUAUUGAUAUACUGGGAUUUGACGAGGAGUCCAUUGCCGAACUCCCAAAUCAAGUUGCUGCUAUUAUUUUCUUAUUCGCUGAUACAGAAAACUAUCUGCAAUUCCGGGAUCGAGAGGAUGCACACUUGAAGAUUCAUGAGCAAAGUAUCAGUCCCAAUUUGAUGUACUUUAAACAAACCAUCACCCAUGCCUGUGGUAUGAUGGCAUUGCUUCAUUCUUUAGCCAACAACGCCCAUUUAGUUGGACCUGGACCAUUCUCCAAAAUUAUCGAGGAUACAAGUAAUAUGUCACCGGAAGAAAGAGGAGAGUAUUUGGAAACUUGUCAAGAGCUGGCUAAGAUUCAUGAUUCUGCAGCUCGUCAGGGACAAUCAAAGAUUCCCUCACAAGACAGUAUUAUCCAUCAUUUUGUUUGUUUUGUAAAUGUCGAUGAUCACUUGUAUGAACUGGAUGGUUCCAGGGUUUUCCCAAUUAAUCACGGAAAAUCCACAAACUUUGUAAAGGAUGCCGUAGCUAUUAUGACACAAGCCGUUGGCAGGGAUCCCGAUGAGAAUGAGUACAGUGCUAUUGCAUUUGCCAAAACUGCUUAAAUGUUUAAACGAAUAAAUAAAUAAAAAACAAGCAAAAAAAUUUAUUAUUCUAUACUACAAAAAGGGGGGGG